AUGGCGAGGCUUCAGCUUUACGCCAUAGCGGCCUGCGCCGUCCUCCUCGCCCUCGCCGCCGCCUCCCUCGCCGGCGACCCCGACAUGCUCCAGGACGUCUGCGUCGCCGACCUGAAAUCCUCGAUCAAGCUGAACGGGUUCCCGUGCAAGGCGGACAUCACGGCGGACGACUUCUUCUUCCCUGGUCUCAAGAAGGCCGGAAACACCAACAACCCUGCGGGUUCGAACGUCACAGCGGCAAACGUGCAAUCCUUCCCAGGGGUGAACACGCUUGGCGUGUCCAUGGCGCGCAUCGACUACGCGCCGGGAGGCCAGAACCCGCCGCACACCCACCCGCGCGCCACGGAGAUCAUCUUCGUCCUUGAGGGAGUCCUCGAGGUGGGCUUCAUCACCACCGCCAACAAGCUCUUCACUAAGACCGUCACUGUUGGAGACGUGUUCGCCUUCCCACGUGGGCUCGUGCACUUCCAGCAGAAUAGGGGUCGUGGCCCCGCCUCCGUGAUCGCCGGCUUUAACAGCCAGCUUCAGGGCACACAAGUGAUCGCCACCACACUCUUCGCUGCCGCACCGCCAGUGCCAAGCGACGUGCUUGCUAAGGCCUUCCGGAUCGACAACGGCCAGGUGGACGCUAUCAAGGCCAAGUUCAUGUAG